AUGGUCAUCAACAAUGGGGAGGAUGAGCUGAACCUGCGGCGAGGUGAUCGUGUAGGCGUUGUACGUGAGAGAAGCCAGCCAAUGCAAACGACAGAAGUUACAACGGUUCCGAUCACUGAAGAAAUGGUGCAACGUGGACCUUUGUUUUCACAGGAAGAGGUAAAUGAUCUUGUUACACUGUUGAAUAAAUACCGUUGCUGUUUUGCAUUCAACUUAGGCGAACUAGGUUGUACCACCGUAAUACAAAUGGACAUAGUGGAUGACGGUCAACCGGUUGUUUGUAAACCAUAUCGGGCAAGUGCUUCAGAGCGGGAUACUAUUAGCCGUAUUGUUCGAGAGUGGAAAGAUGCGGGUAUUGUCAAAGAAACUAGUUCUCCGUAUGCAUCCCCUGUGCUACUAGUCAGCAAAAAGGACGGCGACGCCAGACUAGUCGUAGAUUAUCGGAAAUUGAAUUCGCAGACGGUACGUAAAGUAUUUCCUACACCUAAUCUUGAUGAACAUUUAGAACGACUGCAGGGGGCAAAAAUGUUUACAACAUUGGACAUUUGA